GCCUGGGAGGCAUCUCUGCUGCUGCUGCGUCUGCGUCUGCGCCUGCGUCUGCGCCCCUCGGCCUCUGCGGAUAGUUGGGUGUUGCUGUGGGAAGCCCCUUCCUCUCUGACUUCCGGCGUGUUUCCUCCUUGCAGGGCUUCUCCCCCUCGGUCCCCUCCAUGUGCCGGUGAGGAGCGGGUGCCAGGAUGUCCUCCUCCUCCGCGUCCUCGUCGUCCUCGUCCUGCUCCCCGGCAGAGGGCCAGAUCGCUGGGCUGUACGACCUGGAGGGCACGCUGGGCAAGGGCCACUUUGCGGUGGUGCGCCUGGCCCGGCACGUCUUCACGGGGGAGCGGGUGGCGGUGAAGGUGAUCGACAAGGGCAAGCUGCGGGGGGGCGGGGCGGUGGCGCAGCUGCUGCAGGAGGUGCGCUGCAUGAAGCUGGUGCAGCACCCCAACGUGGUGCGCCUGUACGAGGUCAUCGACACGCAGGCCAAGCUGUACCUCAUCCUGGAGCUGGGCAGCGGCGGGGACAUGUUCGACCACCUCCUGCGCCACGAGGGCGGCCUGGGCGAGGAGCGCGCCAAGCACUACUUCGCCCAGAUCGUCCACGCCAUCGCCUACUGCCACCGCCUCCACGUGGUGCACCGCGACCUCAAGCCCGAGAACGUGGUCUUCUUCCAGGAGCAGAGCGUGGUCAAGCUCACCGACUUCGGAUUCAGCAACUGCUUCCAGCCGGGCAGCAUGCUGGCCACGUCCUGCGGCUCCCUGGCCUACUCCGCCCCCGAGAUCCUGCUGGGCGACGAGUACGAGGCCCCCGCCGUCGGUAAGGCGUGCCAGCUCCGGCUGCUAGGAAUUGUGGGAGUUGAAGUCCAAAACACCCAGAGGGAGGGCCGUAGCUUGCCCAGGCAUGGAUGUGGGGGGAAUGGAUGGGGAAGUGGCCGGUGGUCAGCCAGUGGGGACGUGGGUCAAGAGAGGCCUUAGGGCAGCAGGGCCAAAGGAGCAUUUCCCGGUGCCACAUGUCCACAAGCCACAAGGAGAGGCAGCAGGUCAUAC